UAGGCAUCCCCUUUCCCCUUGCCUUCCCUUCCCUUCCCUUCCUCUCCCUGCCGCGAGUGCAUGAUGCGCCGACCUCGCCGGGUCCAUUUGCGAUGUGCUUGGGUACGGUCCUGCAGAGUCGUGGGGCGAGGGGGAGGCACGGCGGGGACAGAUGUACGUGUCACGGACGGGGGGGCACCUCUUCUUUCUCGCUCCUUUCCAUUUCUCAGUCUUGCUGUGAGCAAUUGAACUUUCUCUGAACCCCUUCUCGCACCUGGGAAAGCUCGAUGCUUCGCGUGAAACCCGGGCCAUAGCUUACGGUCCUUAAAUUGACUGUGAGUUUUGCUUUUUCAAAAGAACAGCCCUGUCCAUGAUGAGGAGGCUGUCAAAAGGUGCUUUGAAUUAAUGUCAAGGGUAUGCCAGCUGAGUCCUGAGCUUUUGGAGGAAAAAUAGAAAGAGGCAAUGGGAAAGAGAAGGAGAAAGAUGUUCUCAUGUACUGGGUGCCCCGAGCUUCUCGUAAAAUGAACAAAAAAAUUUGAAAACCCAGUAAUGGGUUAACAGAAGCAGCAUGUUCAUAUCACAGAGCAUUUUUUACUUCUCAAAAAUGUUUCUUAUUUUUUCCAGUUUGAGAUACGCAUGUUUCUAGGAGGAAUUUUCCUCCAAAUGGUUAUUUAUAUUUAGGAAACAAAGAAUAGGAAAUGUUGAAUAUUCAGUCUAAACAUGAGUGGGCAUUUUUGAAGUCCAAAGCUGUUUUGGCCAGCUUGUAUUGUACAGCAGUAUUUCUAAAAGGAUUGUUUGCUUAGCUUCCAGUAACAUGAUAAAUGUAAAACACUCUUGAUUAUUCAUCAGUAUAGCCUCCUCUAAUUUAUAGAUUAAUUCAGACAAAGUGCUUCAUUUAAUAUUCUCACUGUCAAUAAUUAUUAAUUAUUGACAACAGUGAUAAAUAUUUUUGGCAGUAUAUAAGCACUCAUAAUUCUGCACUGCUAAACAGGUAGGUGAGAACUGAAAAUUAAUACUAGAUCAGACAGGUAAUGACAUUACCAGGCCAGCAGGUAAUGCUAUUAUCAAAAUCACUUCAGAAAGGGAGGCUUCUGAUCAUUGUUAAUGAAGAAAGAAAAAAAUUAUUUAAAACCACAUGUCUGUCUGAAGAUUUAUUGGCAGAGGUCAGUUUCCUGGGUUUUACUGAGGUUAAAGAGCUUUGAUCAAUCAGUGAGAUCAGUAUUUUAUGCAGUGAUUGCAUUUUGUGACAAUGCUAUCACAGCUGAUAUCAUUUCGUGACGAUGCACAUUUCCUGCAUAACUGCCUCAUUCAUUUUUAUGCUAUUUCCCCAGAGUUUGUAUUAGGCAUAGAUUAAGAUUCUGUUAUAUUAGAUGUUGGCUUCCAAGGACUUUAUAGUCAUAGAAAGAGACAGAUACAUCGUAAAAUGGUGUAAGUGAGUAUGAAGAAAAAAACAAACCAAAACAGAGUGGUAUAACAGGUGGUUGCAUUAACACACCAGCAGUCUGGCUGAUUUAGAGCUGUUCAUAGGUGAAGUUUUAGAGAGCAGUAAGACAGAGGACAGUGAAGAAGUUUAUAGGAAGAUAUUUAUAGGAAAUUAUUCUCACAUGUGAGUGCAGAGGCAUCAAAGGUAACCCAAAGGGACUUGUUUGCAAAUGUAACAAGUGAGCAAAGGAUGCCCACAACCAGAGCCAGCAGAGGCUGGGAACUGAGCAAAAACUGCAGGUUGAAUAGGCAGAAAGAGGCCUCAAAGAAAAUGCAAAGUGGAAGAAGGAAUCUUAUACUUCACGUAGCAGAGGAAAUUAAAAAAUCAAAAUGGCAUGCAGCGUGGGGUAACAUGUUUCUAAAGGCUGACUUACUUUCCAUUGAACUAAAGAUCUGUGGUCUAAAUUGUCACCAUUAUACAUCUCUCUUUGUACUAUUCCAAGAGUUCAAACUGUUAGGUUGCAUUCUUCUGACUGGGGGACUAGCAGGUCAGGCAGGCAGGCCAAGAAAGGGGCCAGAGAUUUACUGUUGUCUAAGGAUACUUAGGGUCAUGGGUAACUACUUUCAAAUUUAAAAAACAGGACAAAGGUUUGUUUGGACAAUCCUCAGGACUAUCCUGCUGCAGAAGUGGCAUAAGCCUCCUUUCUGCUCACUGUAGCCUACACUGAGCUCGUAUUAAAGGAUAUGUCUUGCAUAAAAUAGGUUAUUUUUUCCAGUUUACACCAUUGAAUCAGAGUCUUCCUUUGAGAAGUGAACACUAAGGAAAAGAAGGGGACAUUAAAGAAAAACUAAUUCUUUAACAUGUUAGAUACAAAACACUUAACUUGAAUAGUGUCAUUCCUCCUGUUGCAAUUUACUUGCACAAAAAUGCAAGAAAACCUUUGACCCUGUUCUAUCCUUUUAUGUGGGUGGAAAUCAGCAGAGACCCAAGUUCAUGUAGAAGUAGAUGAAGAUAGCAUCACCAUGGAAACCUUAACCUGAAUUCCUAAAAUUUGGGCAUCUUAAAAAUCAUGCACAUUCUAUCUUCUAUACUUGUCUCCUUAUGAUGCUUUGCACUUGACAAACAUCAGCUUUUCUAUUAAAAGAGUUGUUAUUGUUCACUGCCUCCAUUCAGACAGACGAUUUAUUAACAUACCUGAUUUUAACCAUGUGAAUUCCAUCCAUAGCAUUAUGGAAACAAGUGAAGUUAAGCAUGAGCUGAAGUACCCUGAUCAUUGCAUGCCCUACAUUAUGUAUAAGCAAGCCAGGGAAAGUAGAGUACAUCAGAAUGAAGAAAUUGAAAGUCUAGGCAAUGUCUGUACCAAAAAAUACAUUAAAAUAGGGAGAAAAUGAAGUUUCAAAUCUGUCGUUCUCAUUGGAGUUGAAUUGGAUUAAGAUAGUACAAAUUGUUUAAAAAGUAGCCAUAAGAAAACAACUGAAGGUGUGACUGUCUUCUCAGAUUAUCUGGAGCAUUUGGAGACAACUAUCCAGUUUACAUCAUCACCAAUCUGUUCUUUUUAAAAUAGGCCACGGCUGUUAAAUUGCAAAAAAAUGCUAAAUACAAAAACAAACCCACAAUAAAAAUAGUCCCAAAUACCCUAAAGUGCACACAUUGUUGAUUUCUAAAUGUUCUUUCUGUUUGUUGUUUGUAUUGGUAUAAACUAUUCUACAGGCUGUAAUCAGUAUCUCUCAGAUUUCUUUGUUUCCCAGAAACUGAGGGAUAUUUCUGAAAUCCACCAUUCCAAUUCAGUUAUGUGAUGUACUAUAGAAUAAUUCAACCAAUGAGACUGCUGAACCACUAACAAUAACAUAGUAAAAAUGACAGCAUCCAUGGCAAAGGCUUUUGCACAAACAACAAAAGUCAGAAGGCAAUCAACCAAAAAGUAUUCACAAUUUUUUUUUAAUGGUCACAUACUUCCCCAUCCAUAUUUAGAACACAGUGGUUUCAUCACUCUCACUAUAAGUAGUGAAUAGGUAUUCACACACACACAUACAUUUGUGUAACUUAUCCUCAUUUAUUCUGCAGUGGUGAAUAAAUCCUUGCUAUAAAUGAGUCUCCCUCACAGAGACAGAGAGAAUGAGAGACAAAACCCACAUCUUUAGAGAAAUAUGCCAUCUAUCUUCAUAUGCGAGAGAGAUACUCGAUGAUUCACUUAUGGCUGUGCCCCUCAAGAGUAAUAAUUUCUUCCCUUAUAAAGGCAAACAUCUGAAUGUAUUUGAGAGAUAUGCACUUUCUCUAUGCUGGUCUGUUUGACUGUCUGUAUAUAGAGGCUGAAUUACUGUUUCCAUGAUUUGUGAUUUUAUCACAGUGGAAGUCUGCCUACCCAUUAAAAAUCUGCAUUUGGCUACAGAAAUUUGUUCCAAGUUGGCACUUGAAAUAUUUGAUUUAAAUUACUUUAUUUUUUUUUUAUCCAAGAUUUGAAGGAAAAGAAUAAGUGUCAGUCUGUAUGGACUUUCCCAGAGCAAGAAAACCUUUUUAGACUGGUAAAUCAAUGUUGGUGGCCUGAAAUUUUAAACCACUAAAUUUUACAUCUAGAUUUUACUGUUGCCAAGUUUCCUUUGGAAAGAAUAGUCAAAUUUUAUUUUUUUUCCAAAAACAGCACUAAAAAAAAAUCACAUUAUUGUUUAGCAUGCAGACAAAAUGCAGAUCCUACUUUAUUUUAACAUAUGUAUUGCAUUUUCAUCAAAUUGACCAUAUUUCUGUCUGGCUCCUGCUCAUGAUGAAAUUAAUCACAGGACUUUCAGUGAGCUCAGUAGAAGCUGGAAAGAGUUCUGUACCUAUAGAUAGGGAAGGACAUACCAAGGGUGGAAGUUUCUUGCAUUGCAUGGAGCCAGGACAAUUCACUGAAUUCAGCUGAGGUCUUUCAGUAGGUUUUUUUGUCAUUUGGAGACUCCAGAGGAAAAAAAAAAAAAAAAAGCCUGGAAGAAGUUCCAUCUAGCUACUGGGUUGUAUUUAGAGGAUCUGUUGAAUAUAGACUGACUUAAGCAUAUGCUUAAACGUUUUACUACUAUAAGACUGAAGUUCACCUGCAGGGAAUAAUCUUUCAUUUAUUACUUUUUUGAGAUGUAAACAGUCACACUGUAAACCAAAUGCUUGAUACAAAGCAAACAAAAAGCAUUUUUUAAAUUUGUUAUUCUGAUAGGCUCUGAACAAGCAAAAAGUAAACAUUAUUAUUUUGCGCUGAGAUUUUAAGUGUUUUUAGAGAUGGAUGGAGGUUUUUUGAAUCACUGAUGUCAGAUUCAGAAACACACUUAAUUUCCUUGAUUGUUUCUAAAAACUAUUCCCCGUCUCUGUAGGUCUAUAAUCAGAUGAGUUGAAACACUAAUCACAGGGACUGUGAUAGAAUUUAACCUGCUUGCAUAUGGCUUCAAUCAGUGGGAAGUGUAGCAGUACCUGAUCUGAUAAGACCCAAUAGCACAAUGCCAGACAAGGUAUUGACUCAGAUAAGACAUUAUUUAACACUAUGCCUCAAUUAUAACAGAGCCUCCCCUCUCAGCAUAACAGAUUUGGUGGGACACAAGGUUGGGUUUUGGCAAUGCUGUUGCUUCUGGUUCUGUGUCUGGAUGCCUUUCAGCCACCUAGACCUUCCUGUCCCCGCAAUCAUUUGCAUGGGACAACAACAUCAUUAGAAGCUUCCAUCCCGCUUUUGCAAAAGAUUAUUGUGUUUCUCUGUGGAGGUAAUAGGCAAACUUGGUGCCUAGGCUUGAUCCUCUUGCCUGUUGUAAUUUUUAUUUAGUUUGAUGUCUUUGUUUUCAUGAGUAGAUUCUGUGCCCUUUAUGUCUGUGCUAAGAACAUUUAAUCCUUGUUCUGAAAUACUGCUUAGAAAAAGAGUUACAAUUAGAGAUAUCUCUUCUGCUUAGUUCAUCCAUUAGGGGUUUCAGCUUUUUUUCUCAUUUGGAUGGAGUUGAAACAACAUUAUUAAAUGGUAUCUUUCUUUCUUUACAUUACUGAUUUCAAAUUCCUGGUUAUUCUGGAAGUCACAUGUUUAUGCAGCUUUAGUGUAAAACACAGAAUUGUCUAGUUUACUACCUGACAAGAGUAUAUAAAAGUGAAGGUCUUGAUGGUUUAGUCUUCCAAGUAGAGUGUCAUUUGAGUAGGUAUGAUGAAGAGAUACACUUGCAUUUUCACUGUGUUACAUUCUAUUUUGGAAUUAUUUCCCUUCCUCAGUUUCAUCAGAUACAUAUGGAUGACCCACAGAGGACUUCCCAUGCAGUGUAUUCAGUUUAGCUGUCUUUUUGUCAUGAACAAUGACUAGGGAUCAAGCUGUCCUUAUAUUCAACAGGUUUUCUCUACUACUUUGUUCAGCCUGUGUCCAGAAAAUUUUUCUAUGAGCGGUUUUAAUUUUUUCAAGGGAAUUACACUCACCAUUGCUUUUGCCUUUUCAAAAUAUAAGACAGAAAUGUUUCUUAGCUUCAAGAUAUAAAAUAAAAAUAGUUCCUUUUCUUCUGCAUGUUAGAACGAAACAAAUAUUUGGCUUCCUGCAGAUUAGCUAAAACUGAAUCUUUUUCAGACUACCAGGGACAAAGUACCCAUUUUCCAGAAUGAAGUGAAAGAAGCCAAGUUUUUUGUUCCAGAAAAUAUUAAAUAGGGAUGGAUCCAAACCACAAAACUUGAAUAUAAAUCGAGAUUUUAGCCUUCUUACCAACAUUUAUGGGGUUUUGGAUCUGAGGUUUUGUUUCAAGGCAAUAUUCAAUAUAAAGUAAAUUAAAGUAGUUUCAAAAGAAGCAUUCUCCUUUUCUAGGAGGUCUUUGGGGUUCUUUUCCAAAGUUCAACAGACAAAAAGACACAUUUUCCAAUAUGCAUAUGGAACAUUAUUAGGUACAGCUGCAGUGUGAAUGACAAAAACACCAGACAAACAGACACUACUGCAUCACCUUGCAAUCAUACUGGUGCUAUCAGAGCAACUCUCACUUUGGUGGGCCCAUGGUAAAUCAUCACUGAAAGUGGGAUUGAGGCACUCAGUCUCUAAGUAGCUUUUGUGCUUUGUACUAUCUUUCUUUAGAUUUUUUUACCAUUCACCCAAGAGGAGUUAUGCCCCUAUGUUACCCCUUGGUGAUACAUUCUCAUAAACUCAGAGAAUCACAGAAUCAUACAAAAAGGAUUGGAAGAGACCUUAAAGAUCAUCUAGUCCCAACUGUCCCUGCCAUGGGCAGGAACACCUCCUACCAAACCAGGUUGCUUAAGGCCUUGUAUAACCUGGCCUGGAACAUUACCAGGGUUUAGUCACCCGCAGAUUCUCUGGGCAACCUGUUCCAGUGCCUCAUCACCCUCACAGUAAUGAAUCUCUUCCUAACAUCUAGCCUAAAUUUCACCUCUUCCAGUUACCUCUUUACUCCCUGUUCUGUAACUACAGUUCCUGAUGAAAAGUCCCUCUCUAGCUUCCAUGAUAUUGGAAGAUUGCUAUGAGGUUCCCACACAAACUCAAUGAUACCUGUGGGUCCCUUCCAACUCAGAAUACUCUGCCAAUCUGUGAAUCUCUGAACCUUCUCUACUUCCAGGUUGGAUAGCCCAAACCUUCCCCACCUAACUUCUUAGGGGAGGUCCUCCUGCCCUCUUACCAACUUCCUGUCCCUUCUCUGGAUUUGCAUCAACAGUUUCAAUACAAGACUUCUCUGCAAAGACUUGAUGCAAAACAUCAUGUAUGUAUAGGAAGUAUGAAUAAGUCUGCAACCAAAAGUAACCCUACAAUCCAUUUCCUGACCCUGUGGCACAAAGUCAUCUGUUGGUUUUAAUUGAAAAACGCAUGCUGACAUAAAUUAAUAUUCAUACUGGGUUUUGGGCAAUCCUUUUCUCUAUGAAUGCAAUACACUGUCAUCUUAAAAAAACCCCAAUGUAAAUAACAUUAAUCCUUUGCUACUGCUCGAAUGCUUUCCUUCCAAGGUUUUUUAACAUAUUCAGGCACUUGAGUGCAUUCGGUUUCACAACUUGUUUAUCUCAUAGCUGUACUGAUUAUAAAACUUCGGCAUGACCUCAAGAUUAAACAAAAGAAUGUGGAGAAAGCAUGAAUGUCCAAUUCCUCUAAGUAAGAAUUGCUCUAAGAGCUAAGAGAACUCUUUUAGCUCUUUAACUAUGGAACAUGUUAUUCCUUGCCUAUACGUACAAAUACUGUAGAUGUGGAGAGAGACAAUGCAUACAGAGUAUACAUGGCAUGAUACAAUAUUUUCAUAAAAUCAUGGAAUUUCUCAACUUUUAAAAGACCCAUAAAGACCACCAAGUCCAACUCCAUGCUCCUGCAGGACUACCUAACACCAAAUCAUAAGACUAAUAGCAGCAUCCAGAGCGCUCGUUGUCCUCUGACAGACUUGGUGCCAUGAUCCCUUUCCUGGGGAGCCUGUUCCAGUGACUGACUACCCUUGCAACAAAGAAUAUUCUGAUGAAACUUCAUCCAUUGCUUUGUGCCAUAUCAUUGAUAAUCAAAGAGAGUUCAGCACCUCUCCCUCCGCUGCUUGCCUUGAGAAAGGUGUAGACUGUGUAGAGGUCAUCCCUCAGCCUUCUCUUCUUCAAACUGAUCAAACCAAGUGACCUCAGCUGCUCCUUGUAAGUCUUGCCCUUGAGGCAUUUCACCAUCUUGGUCAUCCUCCUCUGGACACACUCUAACAGUUAGAUGCUUUUCUGAUACUGAGGAAUCCAUCUCAGCACACAAUGCUCAAGAAGGAGCUGCACCAGAGCAGAAUAGAGCAGGACAAUCACUUCCCUCCACCAGCUGGUGAUGCUGUUCUUGAUGUACUCCAGGGCAUGCUUGGCCUUUUUUGCUGCCAGGGCACUGCUGACUCACAUUUGUCAUCAAGUCAGACACCCAGAUCUCUUUCCCUGUGGCUGCUUUCCAAUCUCUUGACCCCCAGUAUAACCAGGAUUACACUGUCCUAGGUGCAGAAUCUGGCAAUUACUCUUGUUAAAUUUGACAUGGUUGGUAAUUACCCAGCUCUCAGGUCUAUUCACAUCUCUUUGUAAGGCCCCUCUACACUUAAUAGUCCAUGGUAUAUCCUAGUCUCGUAUCAUUAGCAAACUUAACGUACAUUUAACUACUGCAUCCAGAUCUUUACUCCAGGUAGUGAGAUGCUUUAAAUAGAAUAGUCACUCCUUGUUUUCAGAAGCUGAUACCUUAGGGCUUGUAGAUUAGCUUCAUUGACUCAAACUGGAGCAGAAUAGCAUUCCUGAAAAAAUGGGUGACCUUCUCUUUCUUACUCUUUCAGCUCUGAAGGUAAAUUAUCAAACUCACAGUUUUUUAAACUAGUUAACAAGUUAAAAUUAUCUGUGAUGAUAUGUCCCAACACUAAUUAAUUUUUCUAUAUACAAAAAUUUCCUUUCAAUCCUAUACAAUCACUACAGAGAGAAAAUAUAUUAGUAAUCCACUUUAUCAAAUCUGACUGAAUAGAACUUAAUUACAAAGAUGUCUUCAACAAAUUUCAUUUGAGGUUUCUGCAUUUUGAGAAAUACAAAACACAAUGUGUGAAAAUCUGAAGCAUGAGUUCAGUUGAAGGCAAUAUGCAAUGGCAGGACUGGGAGUAAAACCCCAAAACUUCACAGAAAGGCUGAGUGACCACUUACAAAGGAGAUGUGAUGAACUGAUAUCUUCUUUGCCUGUGGGAAAAUGCAGAAGGAGCAUUGCCCCUGGUGAUUUGCUUUAUUUUAUUGUUAUUCCAGUCAGUGGGUUCUAGCAGUAAUUAUCAGUUGUGCCUUCUGGUAUGUCCUGAGCCAUUCAGCACCAUGGUCCAGCCCUCCCUAUAAUCUGAUUGGUAUUAAAUUCACAUCCCAUGCUUAGUAUAAAGGUAAAUAAUAUACAGAAUUUAUCAACAUUCAUUAUGGGGAGCUGUUUUCAUGGGUCUAAGUCAGAGUAAAAAGAUACCUCAAAGCUUAUACUUAGCUAUAUACAUUAACUACUUUAGUUAGAUGGGGAUAAACUAUGAGUUAAAGCAACUCCUCAACUGAAAUAGUGAAGUUGAAAAGUUUUAGAGCUUAAAUAAGAAGUACCUGAAAUUAUAUAUAAUAUUCACAUAUUAUAUGUAAUAUAUAUAAUAUUCACAGACCCUGAAUGCUUUAUAGAACUUCUUCAGUUUUUGGUUUGUUUGUUUGUUUGUUUGUUUGUUUGUUUUUAAUUUCUUAUGUAACAGCCAGGUCUUUUCUGUGAUUUAAUUCUAAAUCAGGGUCAAGCAAAGCCUUUGCUAGAAAUACCAUCCCAAUGCAAAAAUAGUAUGGAAAAAUCCAGUUUAAAACUAUAAAUUACUUCUCAGUGGGGGAGUACGCUUAUCUUUAUUGAAAAUAAGUAGCAUAGAUUUCUUUAUAAAGGACUAUAUGAGGCAUCAAGGAAAUUUUUUACAGUAUUGCUAAUAUCUGGAGAAGGCCUUAUUUAUUUCAUACAACUACUGUAGUUCCUACCCUGACUGCUCCCCUGGGGACUAUUCAUUGUUUUACUUAUUAAAUUUUUCUUCAAGAGGAAAAAGAUAUCAGAGGACAUCACUGGUCUUUGACAGAGGUCGCUAUUAAGCAUUAGCAUAUGUUUUCAUCAGCUGGUUUUUCUGGUUUUGUUAAUUAAUUUUUGCCUAAUGCUUGAUGCUACAAUUACAAAAUCAGUUUGUGUUAGGGAAUGGCAUAAAAAAAAAGGACAGACACCCUCAUGCUCUCUCUUGUAUAUUCUGCAUGCCCAGAGUAGUCACACGAACAGACGUACUGAUAUUUACACCUGCACCCACAGACAUGACUGAAUUAUAUUCUUGCCCAGAGUUCCGCUGUCAUGAAGACAACAAUCCAUAUGUGAUCCUUCAGAUGGUUCAGAUGGUAGGAUCAGGGCAUUAAGUCCCAAUGCUAUGCUUAGAAAUAGAUGACUUGGAUCACUGACUAGUACCUUGCUAAAUUCUUCUGAGAGAGAAAAAAAAAAAAAAAAACCAGUGAAAAGGCAUUUUUAUGCUUGCAACACUGGGGAUUUUUUUCCAACUUGUUUAUCUAAGGAGCUUAAAAUUCAGAUUUUCUUUCUUUUCUUUCUCGAGUUAUUAUGGUCACUCGGAUGUCUCAUUCCAGUUUCUUAUCCGAUAAAAGUGUUUAUGGUUGAGUUACAACCUCCUGAAACAUAAGUUCCUGCUUUGCGGUGUAUGCGGAAUAUUGUGUGCCAAAAAAAAAUCUGGACUUGUUAUGAUACUUUUUUCUGCCUGUUGCAUCUGUGGACUAAUAGGAGGAAUCUUAAAUUUUCAAUUUCUUCGUGCUCUGACAAAGAAGUCAUCUGCUCUCUAUUCUUUGCAUCUUGCCUCCAUGUCUCUUGCAUGCAUUGGAAUUGGUGGUUGCACCCUUUCUUCAUGGCUCACUUGUCGGCUAGCCAGCUAUGAACAAAGGCGAAUGUUCUCAGAAAGGGAACAUUCAUUGCAUCACUCCCAUGAAAUGGCAGAAAAAAGAUUGAGGGGUAUUGAAAUAACCGACCUGCCCAGCUGCCCGGUGAUUCCCCCGACACCAGAGUUACCUCCAAGGAAAUGACAGACAACCUAAGCAAUGGUGGCCCACAUCUGAUUUAUAAUGGAAGUGUAUAUUAAGAAAUUUUUAAAAGUUCCAUGGAAGGAAGUGGUUUUAGAAUUUUCUUCAGGAAAAAAAAUAGACUCCAAGAAAUUAAGAAAAUGAAAUUAUCUUAGCUUUUAUGGCUCAAAUGUCACAACUGCAGACCAGCACAGUUGCAAUUCCCUUUUAGAACCAUGUUCAAAAUUUGUCUCCUAAACAUUUUGCGGAUAUACAAUAUUUAUUCACUGGCUAGUCUCAGUUUUUUUUGUCUGAAUAAUCUUUCUGAAUUGUGAUAGUAUUUGAAAUCGACUUCACAAGACUCUUACUCUCAUGAAGACUCAAAAAUCAGAAAAAAAAAUAAACUGAACUGCAUUUAGCCCACUCAAAGGAGAAGCAGAGGAAGAAUGGCUCAGGGGAAUCUUUUUCUCCUCUCCACUUAGCAGCAUCUGGUUUAAUAUGAUAGCUUCAGAUCAUGGCAUGGUACAGCAACACAUCUGCACAGUCCCUAUCCUCACAUUUUGUAUGCAUCCUGCCUCAGUUUUCCCAGUAGAUCAUAUCAAAAGAGAGUGCAAAUUCCUCUUCCAAAAGCUCCCAUUUCACAUCCAGAGUAUAAAUGAACAGUGUGCUGAAAACAACACCAAUGUCUUUGUUUUGAAAGACAGAAUGCUCUAAGAAUGCCAUAAAUCAAAACCUCAAUAAUGCCUUGUUGUAAAGAAAUUGUAAAUACUACCAAUUUGUGAAUGAAGUAUAUUUCGUAAUUUGUUCAUAAAAGAUGACAAAUAAAAUGAAAUCUAAACCAGA